CUCCCUCUCUCUCUCUCUCUCUCUCUGGCCUCCAUUAACAUCGCAGUAGCUGAGCACACGAAAUGUCCCCAAAUCAUCCUCUCCAAGGCUUCUUCUUCUUCGCCUUAGUCUUCUUCUUCCUUCAGUCAGCAGCUCUGUCUGCUCCGGCAGGAAUGCCGGAACCAGACCCAGCUCUGAUCCAACCAUUCUUCCCAACCCCAUCUCAUCCAGCCACGAUCCCAGCCUUUCCCGAACAAUCCAACCUCCAAGGCUGCCCUCUCGACCUCCCCGACGAGCUCUUCCACGACCUCAACCACGCUUGCGGUGUUUCCAAUGGAAAUAAACCAAAUGCACACACAGGGCUGAAACGAAGCCGUUGCUGCCCUGUGCUGGCCGCUUGGCUCUACUCUGCAUACUCAGCCACGGCGAUUCGAAGGGCAGGCAAGAACAGGAUGAACACCCAACCUUACAACCUGCCCGUACUGCCAGAUGAUUCGGAAACCUGUGUGGGUAACCUGGAGAACGCGUUGCAGGAGAAGGGAAUCCAACUGCUUAAGCCCAACGAGACUUGUGACCUCGUUUAUUGCUAUUGUGGUAUAAGGCUCCAACCCUUGAGCUGUCCUGAUGCGUUCUCGGUGUCCAAAGAGGGGAAACUUUUUGGUGGUGAGAAUGUGAAUCGCCUUGAGAAGGAUUGCUUGAGCAGCAACAAGGGCUUAUCGAGUCUCGCUGGUUGUUCCAAUUGCUUGAACUCACUCUACCAGCUAAACGAAGAGAAGAGUGUAAAUUCCAGCGAAGCGGACAGGAAGAGCAAGAUGCAUCACAAGGACUGUGAGAUUAUGGGUCUGACGUGGCUGCUCGCCAAGAAUCGAACGGCUUACAUCCCAACAGUGACUGUGGUCCUUCGAGCUCUCAUGAUGAGCACCGACGGCUCUGAUCCUAAGUCUUGCAGUCUGAACAGAGAUGGGAUGCCGUUGGCCGUUGAUUCUGCUGAGUUGGAUAAUCAGUCUUCCUCCAUCACACAUCUCUCUCCUGUCCGGUUCACCAUUGCAUUGGCGUCAUUUUCUUUGGUUUUUCUCUCUCCCUUCUUAUUCAUGCAGUUUUAGGUUUUAGUAGCUCUAGCAUUUGGUUGUGUAAUUGCAAGGGAUUAGAGUAUUCAGGAAAGAAAAAGAAAAGAAUUGUUCAAUACCAUUUUUCUUUGUCAUUUUACUGAUC